AUGAUUGCAGCAGUGGAAUCGGUCAUUAAUCAGACGGAAGCGGCGGAGGAGACGAAGAAUCUUAUCCGACACCAAGUUACGUCCCUCCUUAUGACUCACAAGCCGCGCGAAACGCUCACAAAGGUCGAACGCCAUGCACUAAGAGAACUCAAGGCCGACAAGAACAUCGUCAUUGUGCCCGCGGACAAGGGGCGUUCCACCGUCGUACUGGACAGAACAGACUACCUUCAGAAGGCCAAAAACCUACUGGAGGAUCGCCAGUUCUAUGUCCCAUGUGAAACCAACCCCAUAAAAACGCUGACACGCGAAAUUAAUGCAACACUGUUGGCACUGGAUAACUCGGGUGCAAUAACAGCGACCGACCGACGCAUGGCGAUAGCUCAAGAAACGGCUUUGGCCCGAUUCUAUGGUCUCCCAAAGGUGCACAAGGAGGGCGCUCCUCUCCGGCCCAUUGUUUCGCUCAAAGGCACUCCAACGUACGGACUGGCAAGAUGGCUGUUUCGGCGCCUCAAAUUUCUGACCGCUGAUUCGGACACCACGGUCUGUUCGUCAACGCAAUUCCUGGAGAAGCUCAAAGGAGUAAGUCUCUUGCCCAAUGAGGUCAUGGUAUGUUUUGAUGUCACGUCCCUCUUUUCUUCUAUCCCCCAGGAUCUGGCAAUCGAGACCGUCCAGCUACUCCUACGAAACAAAUACGAUGAAACGGAGAAUCGUCUCGGACAUGCCCAAGUCCUUCAGCUCCUAAAGUUCUGUCUCAGGACAUACUUCACGUUUGACGGAACAAUCUACGAGCAAGUGAAGGGAACACCGAUGGGCUCGCCGAUUUCGGGAUUCAUCGCCGAGGCGGUGCUACAGCGGUUGGAGUCGCUGGUCUUCCAACAACACAGACCGAAAUUCUGGGCUCGGUAUGUGGACGAUACCUUCGUCGUCAUCGAACGGGAUCAGGUGCUAACGUUCAAAGAACGUCUCAACAGCGUCUUCCCGGACAUAUAA